UCUAGUCGAAAGUCCCAGGUGGUCCGAAUCCGAUAUCGCAGUCGCCCCAGUCUUCACAGUUCUGCCCGGCCCACGCUCGAUCCUUCGCGGCAGCCGCUCGCUGUCGCCCUAGAACGUAGAUGCUGGCGAUCCCGCUGCGAAAAGCGUGAGUAUGAUCUGGCAGUGCGGCCUGAGAAGUACGAGUGGCCGCCGACGAUUAGAAUGAUGCCGCCCCCAUCUUGUAAGAUGACACCCCCCUCUUGUACAAUGCCGCCCCAGGCUGCAAGUACCCAUAUGACGCUGUCCUGCAUCCGCCUGAUCUUGCGAGAUCGCGGCCUCCAGCGUGCGUACCCCAGCGUACUUGUACGUACACCAGCGGCCAUCGCAUGCGCCUCGGCGCAACUAGGAGGCGGAGCGGGUAUGUUGACAGAUGGGAAGCCUACUCUGGACGCGGAGAAAUGUAUGUUAAACAAUCAGAAACGUAUGUUGAACGCGGAGAAGCGUAUGCUGAACAAUGAGAAGCGGAAGAGGGACCUCUUACUUCACACAAGCACAUCAGUGACGCAAGGCGACCAGCCCGCCGCAGAUCCAGAGCCUGCCCGGAUCAAGCAAGUGCUCUCCGAAGGUAUGAAAGGAACGCGGAGGGAGGACGUAGGGGAAACCGAGGUAAGGAGAAAGAGGAACACGGACAGAUUCCUAUAGGGAACCGGUGGAGUUCCACCAUGAGAAGCCGAAGGAAGGACGAAAAGGAA